CGUCUAACAGAGAUCAAAGAUAUGACUGAGUUUUCAAGAAACGUGAAGAAAAAAAUCGGUUGCAUGUUAGAUGACUACUAGAUAGGACUAUAGAGUGAAGUCAGAAACAGUAUGAUCAAACAGAAGCAGGAAAAAGACUGAAGGGGAAGUUGUGUUGUUUUAUCACAGCAGCCAUGAGCAACAACAUUCUAUGUGCUCUUCUCAUUCUUGCUUAUCUGCGAUCAGGCAAAUCCAACACGAAUGUAUCUAUCAGUCACAGUCGAUACAAAGAAGGACGGAAUGUCACCUGCGUUCAAACAGGAGAUGAAAAAAUGACUCAGAUUAACUGGGAAAUGCUAAAUGGUCCAAAUCGCACCAAACUCGGCACGUUUCAUCCAAGUUUAGGAACUCACAUACCACCUGAAUAUAUGAGUGAAGUUCAAAUCAAGGGCAUAUCAACUCCACAUCCAUUAUCAUCCCUUCUCAUUGAAGCAGCAUUGAAUGAGAGUGUCCAAAUCUGUUGUGCGUUUUUUACAUUUCCUUCAGGGAAACUAGUGGAAUGUACCGACAUCCGUGAGAAAGAAGCCAAUAUUAACACGAUGACGAAAGAUUUUACUCAUAUGAAAAAAGAACCGGGGAUGGGACUUUUGGGACGUUUGGGUUUGAUGAUUAUUGGAUCUAUUCUUUUCCUUAUAACCUUGGUCAUGCUAUUCUUCCUAUGCAGAAAGUGCAGCUGUAGAAGGGGGCAGUCGUUUGAAAUAUGUAUGCAAUUGACAGACUCACCUGCUGAGACACAAGAAGAACCAGCUUCAACUUCUCAAAGUUCUUCGAAUGGCUUUGACCCCUCCAAACUUUAUGCCAAGAUCAAAAAAGACCUUUUCUACGGCCGGUUGUGGAAAUCGUACCAAGGCCAACCCAGGGCAUGGACGCAGGAUUCCACGAAUGAUCAAUGACAUGUUUAUCAACUACUAGGACAGAAUCCUUUACCCCAAAGAAAUAUGGACAGCCGCUCCUUGAGACCAAAUACAACAUGAUUAUCUACAAGCAGAAAAAUGCAUAUAUUCCAGUCUUUGAGUAAAUCAAAGAAUCUUUGUCAUAUAUUAAAUUAAAUUACAUAGGGCAAAUGGACUUGUAUUAUCGCACGAAAAUAAAUAAAGUAUUUAAAUGCUUAAAUUUCA